AUCAAAGUAUAUUUUAGCAGUUGGAAUGGUGUUCUUGCAGCCUGAGUCAUAUUACUAAAAGAGCUUGCCUGAGACGAAGAAGAAAUACUAAACAAAUGGGAAAUUACAAAUCCAGACCAACGCAAACUUGUACUGAUGAGUGGAAGAAAAAAGUAAGUGAAUCAUAUGCAAUUAUUGUUGAGAGAUUGGAGGAUGACCUUCAGAUUAAAGACGUGGAGCAGAGUGAGCUUAAUGUUGUUUUCAGCUCAGAUGAAGCUUUUAACAAAGUCAAUUUGAACUAUCGGACAGAAAAUGGCCUAUCUUUGCUUCAUUUGUGUUGCAUCUGUGGUGGUAACAAGUCACACAUAAGAACUCUCAUGCUAAAAGGAUUACGACCAUCCAGGCUAACAAAAAAUGGAUUUACUGCUCUCCACAUGGCAGCCUAUAAGGAUAAUGCGGAACUACUGACUGCUCUCUUGCAUGGAGGAGCUGAUAUUCAGCAGGUUGGUUACGGUGCUCUUACUGCCCUUCAUAUAGCCACCAUUGCAGGAAACCAUGAGGCUGUGGAUAUUUUGUUGCAGCAUGGAGCAUUUGUCAAUGUCCAAGAUGCUGUGUUCUUCACUCCACUUCACAUUGCAGCUUACUAUGGGCAUGAACAGGUGACACAUCUUCUACUGAAAUUUGGUGCAGAUGUUAAUAUGAGUGGAGAGGUUGGUGACAGGCCCCUGCAUCUGGCCUCUGCAAAAGGGUAUCUGAAUAUUACAAAAUUAUUGUUGGAAGAGGGAACUAAAGCAGAUGUAAAUGCUCAGGAUAAUGAAGACCAUGUUCCACUUCAUUUCUGCUCACGAUUUGGACACCAUGAAAUAGUGAAGUAUCUCCUGCAAAGCAAUUCUGAUGUGCAGCCACAUGUUGUAAACAUUUAUGGGGAUACUCCUUUACAUCUUGCUUGUUACAAUGGAAAAGCUGAAGUUGUGAAAGAACUCAUCCAAUUAUCAGGCACUGAAAGUCUAACUAAGGAAAAUAUUUUCAGCGAAACCGCAUUUCACAGUGCAUGCACUUAUGGAAAAAAUAUGGAGCUUGUAAAAUUUCUUCUUGAUCAAAAUGUUUUAAACAUAAAUCACCAAGGACGAGAUGGUCAUACAGGAUUGCACUGUGCCUGCUAUCAUGGACACAUACGCCUAGUUCAGUUUUUAUUGGACAAUGGAGCUGACAUGAACCUAGUUGCCUGUGAUCCCAGUAGAUCUAGUGGUGAAAAAGAUGAACAGACAUGCCUGAUGUGGGCUUAUGAAAAAGGUCAUGAUGCAAUUGUUACACUGCUGAAACAUUAUAAGCGGCCCCAGGAUGAAUCUCCAUGCAAUGAGUACUCUCAGCCUGGUGGAGAUGGCUCAUAUGUAUCAGUUCCAUCACCUCUUGGGAAAAUAAAAAGCAUGACUAAAGAAAAGGCAGAUGUGCUCCUGUUACGUGCUAGCUUGCCUUCUCACUUUCAUCUUCAGAUGUCCGAAAUUGAAUUUCAUGAAAUAAUAGGUUCAGGUUCGUUUGGAAAAGUGUAUAAAGGAAGAUGUAGAAAUAAAAUAGUUGCAAUCAAAAGAUACAGAGCAAACACCUAUUGUUCAAAGUCUGAUGUGGACAUGUUUUGUCGUGAAGUUUCCAUUCUUUGUCGACUCAACCACCCCUGUGUGAUUCAGUUUGUGGGUGCUUGCCUUGAUGAUCCAAGUCAGUUUGCCAUUGUGACUCAAUAUAUCUCUGGAGGUUCACUCUUCUCUUUGCUGCAUGAACAAAAAAGAAACCUCGACCUGCAGUCAAAAUUAAUAAUUGCAGUUGAUGUUGCCAAAGGAAUGGAAUACUUACAUAACCUAACCUACCCUAUUAUACAUCGUGACUUGAAUAGUCACAACAUAUUACUGUAUGAAGAUGGCCAUGCAGUUGUUGCAGAUUUUGGAGAAUCGAGAUUUCUCCUGUCACUGGAUGAGGACAACAUGACUAAACAGCCUGGGAAUCUACGCUGGAUGGCUCCAGAAGUAUUCAGUCAGUGCACUCGAUAUACCAUUAAAGCGGAUGUCUUUAGUUAUGCUUUGUGUCUUUGGGAACUGUUAACAGGAGAAAUCCCAUUUGCUCACUUAAAGCCAGCGGCAGCAGCAGCUGACAUGGCUUAUCACCAUAUAAGACCGCCAAUCGGAUACUCCAUUCCAAAGCCCAUAUCUUCUUUAUUAAUGAGAGGAUGGAAUGCCUGCCCUGAAGGACGGCCUGAAUUUUCUGAGGUUGUGUCAAAGCUAGAAGAGUGUCUCAGCAACAUAGAGCUGAUGUCGCCAGCAUCUAGUAACAGCAGUGGUUCUCUGUCCCCAUCUGCCUCUUCAGAUUGCCUAUUAGGCCGUGGCAGUCCUGGUCGAAGCCAUGUUGCUGCACUUCGUACUCGCUUUGAAUUAGAGUAUGCUUUAAAUUCAAGAGCAUACUCAUUCUGGUCUCAAAGGGUACGUGUCUGAUCCCAUGAGCACAAUGCGUUUCCAUUCCUGCUGUCGGAGCAGCAGCUUUGAAGAUAGUAACUGACAGAUGGAGCAUUAUUGGCACAAAUGAUA